AUGUGCUUCAGGACUGAAAUCAACGACCCAACCCAACAGCCUGUCCGCAUAUCACAGUCGGAAGUGACGGGCGAAGAUGGGAAGCAAGUCAGUAGUGCCUCUGGGCAAACAGAGGACGGGAAGAAGGAGCAAUCCAACGUGGCCGGACACAGUAAGGGACAUAAGACGCACGAGGCCAUGUCAGACACCGAAAUCAAACCAGCCACAACAUCCGAGACUGCUCGACCAGUACGAACUGACAGAAUGAGGCGACGGGGUAAUACAAGCAGCAUGCUGGCCCUCUCAAUGGACUUUGGAGCUUCGCCAGUGUGA